AUGUCUCAGUCUCCCCCGAAAAAGGGUCUCAACAUCUCCAAUCCCUCAGGAGCGCAGAUCCUCACCUGGCUCGCUCAUAUCGCCGGUUAUCGGAUCCUGCCUCUGAAGCCCGAGAAGAUUGCUGGCCAGAUCGAACCGUCUGCGGGUAAACAGCUCCUCCAAGUGACUCAGGAUGAUUGGGAAGACAUCCACCUGGCCGCUCAGUUUAGUAACGGGCUGGCCGAGUUCAAGCCUAUGGAAGAGACUUGCGAGCGUCUGCAAAGAGAAACAGGUUUCGAGUUGGACGGAGUGGUCCCAUUCGACACAGGUCUAUCGGUCGGGAGGAAAGCCGUCCUCUUUCGGGUCGGGAGGAGGAUAAUCUUGACGUUCGAAGCUACCAAGCCGAACGAGAUGAAGAUGAACGCUUGGUCUCACGCAAAGGAUCCGGAGAAGAAGUGGAGCUUGCCCUAUGCUAGGUACUUGGAUGGGAGGCAGGUGCAUUCGUUCUUCCUGGACAUGUGGUUGGGUAUGAGGGAAGAGAUUUUCAGAGAGAUCACGAAGAUGGUACGGCAAGCGGAAGAGCAAGGAGACGGGAUAGAACGGUUUCUCAUCACCGGACAUUCCAUGGGCGGAGGUAUCAGCGUUCUCGCCCUGAUAGACAUCGUCGAACAUCUCCGUCAAACCUUUGGCACCCCCUCUGCUUCCCCGCGACCCUGGUGCACCGACCCUCAACUUACCCAUCUCAUUCGCCAUGUAACCUUUGCCGACUUCGCCUCCGCUGGAACCUCUUACACCGCUCACCUCAACGACUACUAUUCCCUCUAUAACAUACCUGCUUGGGAUUUCGUCCACCCGCACGAUUUCACCACGCGCCUGCAUUUGCCCUUCUUCAGGACGCGAAGGGGGCAUCGAUAUGUCCUGCCGAAAGAAGCGGUGAAGGGGUUCGAGAAGGAAUACGCGGCGGGGAGGCACGAUAUGCCAGGGUACUUGAAGAGUAUGGAAUGGAUGCAGGCGAACCCAAGGACGCUGAGAUCGCUCUAUGCUUAGGCUCGAAAAG